AUGGCAGGGGAGCGUCGGGUGCACCUGGCCCCCUCUCUGCCUGCUGCAGCACUGCUGAACGGGAAGACCAGUGCCUGGUGGCUGCGCGGGCGCCCUUUUAAGUGCAACAGCCAGCCGGCAGCGGCCCCAUCCCAGCCGCUGACCCACGGGGCCUUUCCGGCCCGCCUCCACCGCUUCCUCUUGCCGAGGGCUGGAUGCCGACGGAAGCCGCCGCCCUCCGCUCACCUGGGCGCCCCGCCCGGCCCCGCCUCUUGCUCCUGCUGCAGCUGCGCCGGAGGGCCAUGGCCGAGGCCGAGCAGAGGCGGGCGGCGGCGGCGGCGGGGCGCUGGCGGCAGCCGGAGGCGGCUAGGUGAGGGAGGGACGGAGGGAGGGGCGGCCGGCCGGCCGGCCGGCCGCUCGCGGCGCUCUGACCCACGUGUCUUUGUUCCCUGCAGCUGGCGCGGCGCCCACCCUCCCGGCCCACCGGCGGACCCCAGCGGCAGCGGAGGCUUCCUGGACGGGCCGCGAUGCCGCGCCCUGUGCACGGCAAGAGCUUGCUGCCAGCUGGUCCAGGUCCUUCUCUGCGUGCUGUUGGUCACCUGCAGCUCCGUCUCCUACAACUCCGUGGGCGGCUACACGGGCCUCUUCAGCCUGGGGAGCGUUUACUACUACCCGUACGGAGGGGCCUACAGCGGCUUUGCUGGGGCGGAUGGGGAGAAGGCCCAGCGCCUGGACGCCCAGUUCCAGCAGCUGAAGCUGCCGCCGGCUCAGGCCGCCAUGGCCGUGGGGGGAGCCCUGCUGGCCUUCGCUUGCCUCCAGAUCGGGGCCGGGCUCUUGCGGCUGCCCUGGCACUGCCCCGCUUGGCUGAUAGCCGAGGCCUUUCUGGACGUGGCCAUUGCUCUGGGCCUAGUGCCGGCCUUGUACUUCUUCUACAGCCACCUCCACGCUGCCUAUGCCUCCUCUGUGUGCAGGGAGCGGGAAAGCCUCUACCACAGCAAAGGCUAUAGCGGCUUUGGCUGCAGCUUGCAUGGGGCAGAGAUGGCUGUGGGCUUCUUUGCUGGGGCGGUCAUCGCAGCCUUCUUUCUUGCUGCUUUCCUGGCUGUUCGGGCCUUCAGGACCAUCCGGAAGUGCCAGGCAAAGCCAGUGGAGACGUACGGCACCUAGCCUGGCUCCUGUGCCAGUCAGAGUUGGGGCCCAGGCAGGCACGUGGGCAGCCGACGGAGUGAACCAAGAAGUGCCUUUACACCAUGUGCCACCUGGAUGGCUGCUCUCCAGAAGAAGAGACUUUGUCAAGGACAACCUCCGCUGUGCUGGGCCUUCUCCCCAGCCACAGCUUUGCUCCUGUUCCUGCCUCAUGCCCCACACCGGUGUGAGUGGACUUCUCUCUCACCUCCCCCCACUUCACAUUUCAUGUUCAUCCUUUAAAUGAAACCAGUCAUCUUUCUGCGCCCAGUUUCUUUCAGCCGAGGAGUCCUGGCAGGUCACAAAACUGAUGACUGCUAUGGAACCCAGGACAGGGAUGGGGGGAUCUCUCCCCCGCCACACGCACUUUCCUCCACAUUUCCAAACUGCCAGCGAAAGCAGCUUUGCCCCCUCCUCCCAUCACUGAGAACUCUUGCAAGUGGGUCUGUGCAUUUGCCUCCAAUGGUCUCUGCAGUCUGUUGUCAGUGAUGAUUGUAGAACAACUUUUAUUGUACAAUAAAAUCAGGGCUUUCGUCAUUA